AUGGGCGGGCGAGCAGUACGCGUGUUGGCGGUCAACCACGCUCCCUCAGUGUUCUCCACCACAGACAGCACGGGCCGCCUAGGCGACCUCUCCGGUCUGGAUAUCAGGGUGAUGAGGGCGUUAGGCGAGGCGCUCAACUUCACUCCUGAGUUCUUCAACCCCGGGCCAGAUCUUUGGGGCUCACUGCUUCCCAACGGUACCUUCAGCGGCAUGGUGGGGCAAGUGAGUCGAGGUUUGGCCGAGGUGGGCGUGGGCAACGUGUUCAUUGCCGAGCCGAGAGCCCAGCACGUCGCAUUCACGGUGCCCUACGAUUUCGAGAGGGCGUGCUUCCUUACCCCAGCGCCCUCGCCCUUCCCUUCCUGGAUGGCCGUGACCUUCCCUUUCACGCUGCACGUCUGGCUACUCGUGCUAGGCAGCGCAAUGGUGAUGACCGUGAUGGUGACGGCGUUAGGGGCGGCGCAGCUGAGGCGGGACAGGCAACGCUGGGAUUCCCUCAGCACCGCAUUCCUCUUCGUCGUCGCCACUCUGUGUAAUCAGUCGCGGCCGCUUCCGACCCGCCCUAGCAUUCAGGUGAUGUGGGCGGGCCUGGUGCUGGGUGGCUUCGUGGUGACUGUGUUCUUCGCUAGUAACUUGACAGCCUUUCUGACGGUGACCAGCCUGCACCCGCCCUUCACGUCCAUCAAAGAGAUCACGCGGAGUGGACUGGAGGUGGGUGGCUACAGUGACUUCUGGGUGCCGCUCUUCCGCAGCUCAGCCAACCCUGUCAUCCAGCACCUCGGCGACAAUUUUUACCGCUUCGACGACGUGACAGAAUUUCUCAAACGAGUGAUAGAGGGGCGAGGGGUGCUGGUGGAAAACACUCAUCACCUCAAGUACCUUCAGGAGACUUUCCUCACCGACCGACUGGGCCGCUCUUCUGUCAGGCUAAUGCUGGAGGAAUGUAUGAACCCGUUUGGUGUCGGCGCCAUACUCACCAAAAAUUCGCCCCUGAAGUCUUCGUUCGAUGUCGUCAUCCAGCGGCUCCGUGAGGGUGGCUUCGUGGACCGCUACUUUCAGGAGGAGGUGCGAGAACAGCGCGAGAAAGCCUCCUCCUCUUUGGCUUUCGCGGAAGAGGCCGAGAAAGAGGACGGUGUGAGCCCCCUAACCCUCAACCAUCUGCAGGGUGUGUUUCUUGUCUGGGGCGGAGGACUGAUUGGCUCAUUAUUGCUACUGCUGCUGAGGAUAACUGUCGCAUCGGUCCUCAAAGGAAUCACGCCUACUUCAGUCACCGCACACUAAACUGACCCAGAAGCCCCGCCCCCUCCUCUAUAGCUAAGGGAGGUGAUUGAUACAUGAAAGGAGGUUGGAAUUAAGAGUGAGGGUGAGAAGUGUUGGUGGGUGAGGAGGGAGGCGGGGGUUCUACAGCCGCGGCGCCCAAGACUGAAGUAUGCCUACUUGCCCUGGCAACCUGCUGUCAUAUGGCGUGUCCAAUUUCGUGGAUUAUAUCAUAGCCUACGCAUAUGAUAUGGUAGUCAGUAUACAGGCAACGAUGACAAAUACCAUAAAUAAUAGUCGAUUUUGAGUUUCAAAUUAUUAAUGAGGUCACAGAUAGCAUAAUUGUUAAUAUAUUAUAAUACAUUCAUGAAGGAGCCCAGGUGCUGCCAUCUGCGGAGAAAAGUAAAACAAAACUGCUGUCUGCGACAUUAUUAAAUUUCGAACUCAAAAUUAAAUAUAGCUGAAGGUAUUCGUCAUCAUUGCCUACUUAUUACUGAUGCUAACAACCACUUCGUUUGUGUAGACUUUCAUAUAGUUUUUUCAUGAUAUCGGACCCGCCGCGUGACGAGUUGCCAGGGCACGAUAAAGUAAUCCUCAGACUCAGGCGCCGUGACUAUAGAUACGUUCAACGUACGGUGACCAAGAUGGCACACAACGGUCCACGCUGAUUCACUUACUUACUAUCCAGACGGUUACUGUAUCAGCUUAAAUCUCCAAAAGAGAAAAAUUAUAUUUACUAGUUAUUCUUUUAUCUAAA